GUGGGACGAACAAUUGUUAGAACAGCUUUUCUAUUUGAUUCGAGCAAAUUUGUGGAAGGAUUAAAAAUGAAAUGGAGGGCAAAUAAAAUGUCAGAAAAUUGAUUUAAUCUUUAAAAUCCAAGCGUCAAUUAUGGGUGAGUACUUGCCUUACCAUGUUGAUUUUAUUGCUGUGACAGCUCGCUGCCUUAUUGGUCAAUUACGCGCUAAAUUGCAAAUGCUAUACUGAGUGUUUAUACUUUACCUUAAUUCAAAAACAAAACUAAAUACUUUAUAGUAUAAGACUAAGAGUCAAGAAUAAAUUCACGUGAAGUUUGAAGGUAAAUUUUAAUGUGUUAGUUUUAUUUGCUGUACAUAAUAUAACGGGUUAAAAAAGCUUAAUAGUGGCGCAAUUAUUUGUGGUAAUUUUGUGGUCUAAUGAUUAUUCGAAAGCCACUGAUGCAUAUUUAUAUUUCUGUACAAUUUCAAUACUUUCCAAGGCUUCAUCCCAAACAGAACAGGGUGAAUUCAAAACUGUACCCAUGCAGAUUUAGGAUUUUGACCAUCUCACUCAAUAGAAUGAAAUGUUGUAUAGGAUUUUAUAGAUGGAAAUUUGAAGUGUAAAUUUUCUAUACAUUUAUUAGAGCUAACCAUGACCAGUUGUGAAAAAAACUAUAGACCCUCUGGCGGGAAUCGAACCUGUGGCUCUGUAACUAUAGCUUAUAAAGCUGGAGUAAUACGAGCAAUAAAAUUUGCUGCAACUUGCAACAAAAUCUGAUUUCUACGCAUGUUAAUUGAAAAUGUUUAUACACAUACAGUUACAAAUCACGAGGCAAUAUGUGUCGACAUUUCUACUUAACAUGCGUUGAAAUCAGAUCUUGUUGCAAGUUGCAGUAAUUUUGUUGCCCGUAUUACUCUCCACCUUACGGCUCAGCGUGAUUCAACAACUUGAAAAAUAUAACCAGAACUUCGACGUUUCUUCGACCCUUCUUCUACUAACUUCUCGACAAGGCCCUUCCCUAGAAACGUCGAAGUUCUCCUUGUAUUUUUCAGGUAGUUGUAUAUCUGUCUCAAUCCGUGGCACAGACCCUUCGAGAUUGGCACAGACCCUUCGAGAUUGGCAAGGGCUAAAUAAUGGACCUAUUCCCUAAUGAACAAAAUUUUGAUCUAGACAAGUCUGGACAAAAAUUUUAUCACGGCUUGAAAUAGUGUCACAAAAUUAGUAAUAUUCCGAAGUUUCGUUGCGAAAUGUUGUAAAAUGCGAAUAUAGCCCUACGAAGUUUGCCGUUUUUCAGUCAUUUUGUAUUACGCACGGGAAAUUGAUGCCUUUUUUCAGAAAGCGGUAUCAUGGUGAAAUGUUUGUCUAGACUUGUCUAGAUCAAAAUUUCGUUCAUUAGGAAAUAGGUCUAUUUCUCUAAUGUAGAACUAGAUUGAUCGAAUAGGAGGGGCUGGUGAACAUAUAAAGUUAACAAUUCCGCCGUGGAACCAGCCCCCUGGCAUGACCAUAUAUAGACAAGUCCAGCUGAAGGAAGUCACACUAUACUAUAUGCCUUAUCUUUUAAAUUAUAUGUUAAUAUGAUUUCUAACACGUCAACUAUAGAUGGAAUUUGAACCCAAAUAAAAUAUCUUUGUAAAAUGCAUAUUAUUGAUAUGAAAUUGGAAAUUUUGUUUUAUUUGAUAAAACAUUGCAACUAUGUUACAUCCACUUUAAGUUCGCUUCAGAUUGAUAGGGAUACAACUACAUGAAAAAUACAAGGAGAACUUCAACGUUUCGAGCGAAGGCACUUCGAAGUUCUCUUUGUAUUUUUCAGGUAGUUGUAUCCCUAUCAAUGCGAAGCUUUCAGUUUGGGACAUGCUACAACCAUGGAUAAUAAAAUAAAUGGAUAGGAAACUAGCUGACGUGACCUAAUGUUUUCAAUGGGCUGAUGGCGUGAUUGGAUGUUGAAACCUAGUUAAUGUUGCAAACCAAAUUCUCACAAACGGCAUGUUUAGCAAUAAUACAGCUAAACAUUUUAGUCAAAAAGCAAAUAAAUAUAACUACGCCAUUCUACGAUGAAAUCUCUAAGUAUUCCCAGUCAAUUUUAGCAAAUAUUUCAAGCACUAAACAGUGAAAAAUGCAUCGCAAAUUUCGUUAAAAUUGGCGACGCCAAUUCCGUAGCUACAAAUGUAAAAAAAUAAAAAACAAAGACGAAAAACAUUUACCUUGAAUACUUUGUCGUGGCUUAGGCAUGUUUUUAAAACAAUUAGACCAGUUUAUGCUUCAAUAUUACUCUUUCAAAGCGGAAAAUAUAGCGAAACAACAAAAAUGCCGAGAACUUUGGCAAUACGCGUGACGUCACAGAUUGCAACUAGGUUUAGACCACAUGUGACGUCAGGAAGUUUCCUAUCCAGUUAUUUUACAAUCCAUCAUGGUAUAACCAUGGACCACUUCUGCAUGAUCUAACUGUUCUCAUUUACAUAUUUCUCUCCAAUUUAGCCUUCCCUGGAGGUAAUGCGGGUAUGAUCCUGUCCGCAAUUUUAGCGGCCCUCACAACCUCAGUGAUUCUACUGCUAAUCCUGAUAAUCUACAUGAAAUACAGGAAACCACAAAAUGGCUACAGACGGAUGAGUCCAACCAGCUUGACCCUGGCAGCAGAACAAAGAGACAGCCGAGCUGCGUCGAUUUUCAGUAUGUAUGGACGUCCUUCCAUUCAAGAAAAUGGCAAAGCUCCUGAAUUCGAUAUCCCGUUAAUAAGCAGAAAAGCGACAGGCCGACCCAAACGUACAUGCCAGCUACACUUUUCUUUGUUCUAUAACGUCCACUUGAAUGAGUUGACUGUUCAAGUUAUUCAGGCACAAAGUCUUCCCAAGUUAUUUGGCCUGCAAUCAGGUGUUUUGGUUAAGGUAAAGAUAGGAGAACGAGUGGUAAAUAGGUGCUGACCCUUACCACAGAGACAAGUCUGCUACUGUACGUGAAAUGUAGAGAAAUUUAGUUAGGUUGGGUAACAUCCCUGCGCUUGAAAACUCAUGUAAAGAAUGCCUAAUGCCUAGCUCACAUUCAGGAACAUGUACUACCUCUGCAUGAUCUAUUCUAACCAUGCUUAACUCAGCAGUGAGUUCUGUAUAACAUCAGAUUACUUUAUGGUAGUCCACAUUCAAGAACAUGUACUACCUCUGCAUGAUCUAACCAUGCUUAACUCAGCAGUGAGUUCUGUACAACAUCAGAUCAUUUAAGGAGCUCACAUUCAAGAACAUGUACUACCUCUGCAUGAUCUAACCAUGCUUAACUCAGCAGUGAGUUAUGUACAACAUCAGAUCACUUUAAGGUAGCUCACAUUCAAGAACAUGUACUACCUCUGCAUGAUCUAACCAUGCUUAACUCAGCAGUGAGUUCUGUAUAACAUCAGAUCACUUUAAGGUAGCCCACAUUCAGGAACAUGUACUACCUCUGCAUGAUCUAACCAUGCUUAAAUCAGCAGUGAGUUCUGUAAACAUCAGAUCACUUUAAGGUAGCUCACAUUCAAGAACAUGUACUACCUCUGUAUGAUCUAACCAUGCUUAACUCAGCAGUGAAUUCUGUAUAACAUCAGAUUACUUUAUGGUAGCCCACAUUCAAGAACAUGUACUACCUCUGCAUGAUCUAACCAUGCUUAACUCAGCAGUGAGUUCUGUACAACAUCCGAUCGCUUUAAAGUAGCUCACAUUCAAGAACAUGUACUACCUCUGCAUGAUCUAAUCAUGCUUAACUCAGCAGUGAGUUCUGUACAACAUCAAAUCACUUUAUGGUAGCCCAUAUUCAAGAACAUGUACUACCUCUGCAUGAUCUAACCAUGCUUAACUCAGCAGUGAGUUCUGUACAACAUCAGAUUACUUUAAGGUAGCUCACAUUCAAGAACAUGUACUACCUCUGCAUGAUCUAACCAUGCUUAACUCAGCAAUGAGUUCUGUAGAUCACUUUAGGAUAGUCUAAUAGCCUUAGGUUUUGAGCCUCUGGUGAAUUGGGCAACCACACUCUGUGUAAUCAACAAUAAAAUAACUCCUAAUCAUUCAGGUUUCCGUGCUGGAUGCUGAUGGUGAGACUCGAGAAAAAUUGGGCAAAACGUCGAUGCAUUUUCGAAAAAAUUCGGUGUUCAAUAGUGUGUUUACAUGCAAAGGAAUUGCAAGCGCAGACCUACAGGAGUUAAGUAUUGGUCUCUCGCUACAUUCACAAGAUCGGUUCGGGCAAAGUCAUUUCGUUGGUGGAGUGGUCAUGAGAUUUUCUGAAGUGAAUUUUAAUCCAUCUGAACCAGUGUAUUUUUGGCGCCCAGUACAGAGAAAGGUGAGGGGAUUUAUUAGUCAACCUAAGUUUAAACAUCUCAAGGACUCAUUGACUCAGCGCCCACAUAAGUUAAUGCGCAAGUCAUUGAACUUGGGAAGGGAGAGUUUUAACAUGGUUUCUUUUAGAGUAACGGAUCAAGUCCGAAGGCAGAGCGUCAAAAGGGCCAAUUAUUUCUGUCAUUGCGAUACCACGAGAGAACAUCAAGAAUCAAUGUCAUUGUUAUGAAAGCAGCAAAUCUGGCGAAGCGAAAACGACAGUUAAGAACAGGUACUUUUAGUGAAUCUGAUAUAUAUAUUAAUAUAUUACUGAAAUAGCUUUUUAUGUAAUUUUGUAAUUUUCAUUGCAUAUAUUUUGUGUUUGGUCAAAAUCAUAAUAUUACACUACACUAUAUGCCAAACAAAGCACUGUACCAUAUUACUUCACACAACUUAACAUACACCAUAUACCAUACCAUAUAUUACACCAUACAACACCAUACCUACCUCACCCCACCCUUAAAACACUGCAUCAAAACCCAACCAUACCUUACUUCCUCACUAUCUCCAAGAUCCCUAUGUGAUGGUUAAACUCCUGAAGAAUGGUGAAGUCAUAGAGAAGAAACGUACACAACCUUGCAAAGGUAGCCUCGACCCUGUGUGGAACGAACCUUUCGUUUUCGACUGGAAGAAAGGCAACACUGAGACAACUGGAUAUAAAUUUGUGUUUGAAAUAAAGAGCUCUGAUAUGGUGAUGCCUGACACAAGUCUGGGAGUGGUUGAGAUUUGUCAGGAAACUUCAGAACAUUGGAAGGAAAUGAUGGAGAAAAAGAAUUAUGCCAGGGCAAUGUGCCAUAAUAUCACCUAAUUAUACUGAAAACAAUGUUUUAUAUUGUUGAAUGAUUCAUAAUACUACAGUACCUAAAUGCUGUCAAAGUUUCUGUGAUUACAGUAGGAAUUUUGCAUCAGUAAAUUCUACAUUUUGAGGGAUUUGUAAGACAAUGUUUUAUAUUGUUGAAUGUUUCAUAAUAUUACCUAAAUGCUAUCAAAGUUUCUGUGAUCACAGUAGGAAUUUUGCAUCAGUAAAUUCUACAUUUUGAACGAUUUCUUACAAUACAAAUCCUUCAAAACUUAGAAUUUACCUAUGAAAAAUUCUUACUGUGAUCACAGAAACUUUUGAUUGUAUACCUAAGUCAGAAUGAACCUUUUCCAUAACUGACAAAUAUGUCAAAACAAUGAGUGGAGAACAGUUGCAAAUUAUAGCAAAAUUCCUUUUUUGUGAAUAUUGAAUAUGUGAGAGCACGAUUCAUAAUUAUGGGUCAGAUGCUCCAUGACUGCAAAAUUUUAUUUUAACAAGCUUUCGACAAUUUGACUACCAGACUCGCUCAAAAUUACACUGUGGAAGACACUCUUUAGCAUUGUCCGCAAGCUUUAAAUAGUUAUUAAUUUUAAUGCAUUCCUUUUAUUUAGGGAUGAGCCGAUAAGGAAAAUUGCCGAUUACUGAGGCCGAUUAUUUAUAAGCCGAUUAUUGUAACUAAUCGGCCGAUUAAUCGGUACCCACCGAUUAUUUUAACAAGCAAGGGAAAAAUCACAAGAUGACCAACAAUGAAGUUGUAAAUGCGACAAUUAAAAACAGCUUCAGUCUCUCAUGUCAAUAGUCAUAGUUUAAUUUUGGCAGAUUAUGGUGUAAAAACAAGGCCGAGCUAGCGGAGCUAGUCUGCUGCGUUUUUUUAGUGGAAAUGUUCCCAGCUUCACUUCGCUUGAGACAAAAGACACAGGUUUGGCAACAAAGUGUGAAAAUCUAUUCGCUUGUAUUCAGUAUUUUAGCAUGUGAUUGGCAGCGCCAGAAAAAGUCUUAUGGCCGAUUAUUUGCCGAUUAUCAGGCAAUAAUCGGCCGAUUACCGAUUAUUUAAAAAACGGCCGAUUAAUCGGCUUUGCCGAUUAUUUACCGAUUAAUCGGCUCAUCCCUACUUUUAUUCAUUGCUUAGUACCUAAAUAGCCUUCUUUAGAAACUCCAGUCCUUUAGUAAAGUUCACAGCAGCAUUUUUGCAAAGAAUGAAUAAAAAUAUAUACAGUGCAUGGUUUAUUUUGUCCUGUCAGUGUGCAUGUAGUGUUAAUUAAAGUCCAGAGGAACAGGUGUAUUUCACUAGAAGCACUAUCGUGCAGCAGAUGCUGGCCAACCUGCAGUUAUCAGAAUGAUAUAAUGAUGUUCAUUCUUUUCAUUAUAUGUAGUAGUUUUGUAUUUGGAGGCAAAUAAAUAGAACGCUAGAUGCUAGAAGUGGGCCACCAUCUGCUGUCCUGCAAUUCAAAUCCAACCUAUUAGUGGUAUCAAAAAUGUAUAUUGCUGCAAUUUACUUGAGUGGGUAUAAAACAAUCCUACCAUGUCUUCUACAGAAUACCUUUCACCAUAAACGACGGCCAUAACAGCGUCACGAUUUUAACUUCACCAACGGAAUAUUCUUUUUCCCUAUACACUGGUCACACACCCAAUCGGCAUUCUCCUCGUUUGUUAACAAGUUGUAUGCAUUCUCGGUUAGCCCGGCGCAAACACGAUGGUACCAUUGGCUACAUCCGGUUUCACAGAAUAUCGCUGCAUCGUCAUCACUGACCUCUUUACGACAAGAUCCACAAGGGUAGCUCUGUACUGGGACAUCUGGUGGUAUGCUAGGCACAGUGAGUUGC